AUGGGUUUUGAUGUUCGACAAUUGUAUGCAAAUAAAUGCAAGCUUGAUAAUUCUGUAAGUAGUUUUAGACUUGUUUGUGCAAAGAAAGGCCAACGAAAACCAGAUAAACGGGAUCAUUUAACAAAGCAACCUCGCGCCGAGACUAGAACAAGUUGCCAAGUAAGAAUGUCACUCAAGUUUGCUCGAGAUAUAAAAAAAUAUGUGAUUUGUGAUCUUGAGUUAAAUCACAAUCAUAUUUUGCAAAUUCCGGAAACCAGUCAUAUGAUGCCAUCACAAAGAAAGAUUUCAGAAGUACAAGCAUUGCAAAUAGAUUUGGCAGAUGAAGCUGGCAUAAGACCAAAGAAAACACAUGAACUAACAAGUUUACAAGCUGGUGGUAAAGAUGUCCUUGGAUAUACCAAACAAGACCAAAAGAACUAUCUUCGAAGCAAACGAAAGCGAGACUUGGCCUAUGGUGAAGCAGCUCACAUGCAAAAAAAGCCUAAAACUAUUUUCACUGAUCAAGAUCCUGCUAUGGCAAGUGCUUUGGUAGAAAAAUUGCCUGAAACAUAUCAUGGAUUAUGUGUCUGGCAUAUUAUGCAAAAUGCUAUUCGACAUUUAGGGAAUAAGUUGAAAGAUGGUUCUUUUAUCUUGAGAGAUUUCAAAGCUUGUAUGUAUAAUUCUGAAGAUCAGUUUCAAUUUCAAGAGACAUGGGAUGCAUUGCUUCAAAGAUACAAAGUGGAAGACAAUUCUUGGUUAAAGAGUAUUUAUAAAGUGAAGGAAAAAUGGGCUCAUUGCUAUAUGAAGAAGGUGUAUACUAUUGGAAUGCGAAGUACUCAACUUAGUGAAAGUUUUAACAGUGAUUUGAAAGAUUUUAUGCGGUCAAAUUUAGACAUAAUACAUUUUCUCAAACAGUUUGAGCGAGCUGUUGGUGGCAAGCGAUACAAAGAGCUACAAGCUGAAUACAAUGCAAGACAAAAGCUUCCUAGACUUAAGAUGAUUCAUUCGCCGUUAUUGAAGCAUGCUGCACAGGUAUAUACUCCUAAUGCAUUUGAUUUAUUUCAAAAUGAGUUUGAUUGGAGUUCUGCUGCAUAUAUUGUUUCUCGUACAGAGAACAAUCAAAUGUCUGAAUAUCAAGUUGCUAUUUUUGAUAAAGAUGGAGAAUACACUGUAUCCGGCAAUCAAAUUCGGACUCAGAUGAUUGUUCAAAGUGAUACUAGAGCGGAUGCUACAGCACGGUAUAAGAAUAUAUGUUUCAAAGCAAUCAAAUUGGCUGCUCGAUCAUCAGAUUUUGAAGUAACAUCUAAUUUUGUUGAGCAAGUUAUAGAAGAGGCAUAUAAGAAGGCUGAAAUUUUCACUUCAAAUAUUGAAAAUCAAACUAUUUUGCCACUUCAAUCAUGGAAUCAAGUUACAACACCAAAUGGAGUGAAGUUACAACACCAAAUUUAG